UUCCGAAAUAAUGGUACUCUGUCUCGUUCUAAAUGAAGAUAAGAAUGUUAAUAAUCGGUUCAUAGUUGACAUAGAUAGUGAAGUAUGGAAGAAAAAAAAGAUUUCACAUCUUCAACGUCUUAUUAAAAAAGAAAAAGAAAAUGCUUUCGACAAAUUUGAUGCAAGCGAUCUCGAGUUAUGGAAAGUUUCUAUUCGUACCAAUGAAGUAAACGGUGAAUUUGACGAAAAGCUGAAGAUACUUAUGAACAAACCUCAUAUGAAUAUUAAUAUUAAAGAAGAGCUCGAUGCUACUGGACAAAAACGAUACGCAGAUUCAGAACCUGUUGACACAGAACCAAAACGAAGAAAGGAUACCCCUACGCUUGAAAGUUUGAUUGUCGACCUUGGAGAUAAAAUCCCUCUUGACAAACCCCCAGUACUUUAUCCUAUUUCUAAUAUUGCCGGGCGUUUCCACAAAAGAAAUAUACCAAUUAGCGGUAAGAACUAUGUAGAUAUGCGUUUAGAUGAUGUAGAUACUACUGAUACGGGCAGAGAGCUUAUCGACAAAUUAAAAAAUGAAACCCGAGCUUGCUAUUUGCUUUAUGCCGUUUCUGGAGCUGGCAAAACUAGAACAAUUUUUGAUAUGUCUAUGAAUGAAAAUGGUAUCUACGUAGUGUAUGUGGAGUGUAGACCAUCGUCAGAUAUUAGUAAUCGGGAAUAUGAGCCAACAAUGGAUCGUAAUUUUGCACAGCUUGUUGCAACAAUAGAGUCAGCCUUUGGACCAUAUAACGAUAGUAUUAAUAACUCUGCUAGAGCAGUAGCAAAGCGACUUAUUAUUUUAGAAUAUACUGCACGGAUUCUUUACCUCAUUCUUCUCAAAAAGAAGUUCCCGGAUAUUACACCUCGUGACUAUCUUCUAUCCCAGCUCAACGGCGGACAAGAAUGUAUCGCAAUUAUAAAAGGUUCAUUGAUGCCUAUUGAAUAUACCUUUAAUGAACUGGAAGUAAUUAUUAGUUCUGCUUUAAGAUACUUAAAGGAUGAAUUACCCGGUCAAAAAUCACUUAUUUUUGCCAUUGAUGAAUCCAAUGUUGCCAGCAAUAAACUUUUCAGUGGUUAUUUUCGCAAUAUCAAUCAAAAACCGCGUGGUUUAUUAACGCCAAUGAUUGAGAUUCUUAGAUUGUUUGAAAUUUCAACAGUAAUCGCCGGCACUGCAUUUACCCUUAAACAGGGCAGUGAUGUCCAAAGUGAUAUCGGCAAAGGAAAUGAGGCAAAUUAUAUAAUUAACUUCAAUACAAUAGACAGCAAAGAGGUUGAAACCUACAUUAUGCGUUAUCUUGAUUUAUCAGACUGUGAACUUGGCAAGAUCGAAGAUAGUAAAUAUCUUGUUGGUCGUCCUCGUCUGAUGGCUCGCCUUGUAAUGGAAAUAAUAAAUGCAGAAGGAGUGCCACGAGAAAACAAACAAAUUGUGCUUGAAUACGCUGUAAAUAAGACAGUGCAGUCUAUCAAGAAUGAUAUGAUACGCCAUCUUGAAGUGAUAGUAAAUGAAGCAUAUGAAAAGGAAGAUUUGGGGAAUGUAGAAUUACGAAAAAUCUUGAUGACACUCUUUAUUAACUGCUGGUUCUUUGAUGGUUACGUAUCUAAAGGUGAAAUAGAUGAUAAUUCAGCAAAAUUAGUCGACUGUGGCAUUGCUUCAUUGAAAUCAGACGAAGAUAAAAAAUUUUGGCAAGUCAAGGAACCUUUAGCGAUAGAAGUUGUUAAAAUUGUCCUUUUUUCCAGGUACAACAAACCUACUGAACCGACGAUUGAGAAACUCAUACAUGAAUUACGACGAUCCGUUUAUUGUAAUGACAGCUCAGAUACAUCUAAAGGAAUCAUUUGGCAGUAUCUUGUCAUAGGAAGAUUAAUAGAUUUUAAAAGUAAAACAGUUUAUGAGUUUGUUAGUGAGAUUUAUGGCGAUCAAACACAUCUGCCAGAUUGGACUAAAGAAGCAAUAAUCAAUAUUGAAUCAUAUGGAAAUAACCAAAUGUUUUCUCGACUUGAUGCUGAAUUGAAAGAUGAUGUGGAUGUUAUUGAAAAUCUUUUAAACUAUUCAAGGUUUUCGAAAUAUUUACUUGUACCUGAACAUUUAACACGUCCAGAUGGUAUUUAUAUUGGCAAGCUGGAUGUGUCUACUAUCUGGACCUUACUUCUCAGUACAAAAAUGCUCACCGAAAAUUUGUCAGGUGAAGAUUUUAAUGCAGACAAACGUUCAACAGAUUGGAAUCUUCUAUAUUACAAGAAGAAUGGCAAAGAAAUUAUUAGAAAUUGUGAAGGACUGAGGCAAAAACUUGAUAAGGUGCGCAAUAAUUUUACCUGUAAAGGUUCAUUGCGAAUACAUUUCAUCUUACCUGGUGUAGCGAAAAAUCGCACUUCAACUUUAAGUAGAGGUGGUUGCCACACUGAAAAUAAUGAUGUCAUUAUGUAUAUUGAUAAAAAUUUGUUAGAAUGUUAUUUUUCAGAGUAUGCAUCUUCUUUAAGGAAAAUUCUUGUUGAAUACAAUUAA